CAGUAUAUAUACUCUCAGCCCUGCUGCUCUUAAACACAGGAGUUUAUAUGUGCAGAAGAGAGAGGGAAGAACCACCCUUUUACACACAGUACAGCAAUCUACAGCCACUAAGGAUAACUGGAGAGAUUCGCGGCAUAUUUCUCCUCAAGAUUAAGAGUUGCAACGAAUCAACACGUCUUCUGAGAUUGCUGGGAUGGCUGAAAAGCCUUUAGAGCCAGGGUUGGUCUCCAUCCCUAUGGACCAAGUGACCAAUUGGACAGGAGGAGCCCCUCCAGAUGCACCCAUUUUGACCCACCUGAAGAAAGUGGAGAACCAUAUCACAGAGGCACAGAGGUUCUCACACCUGCCCCGACGCUCAGCCGUAAACCUGGAGUUUACUGAGCUUUCCUACACUAUUCAUGAGGGCCCCUGCUGGAAGAGGAGAGGUCGUAAGGCGCUCCUGAAGUGCUUGUCUGGCAAGUUUUGCAGCCGAGAGCUCACUGGAAUUAUGGGGCCGUCUGGGGCUGGCAAGUCCACACUGCUAAAUAUUCUUGCUGGGUACAGAGAGACUGGUAUGGAGGGUCAGAUAAUGGUAAACGGGCGACCGCGUGACCUCCGCACCUUCAGGAAGAUGUCCUGUUACAUUAUGCAGGAUGACAUGCUGCUGCCCCACCUCACCACACAUGAGGCCAUGAUGGUUUCAGCUAAUCUUAAGCUAAAGGAGAACAUGGAAAUAAAGAAGGAACUGGUUAAUGAGAUCCUCACUGCUCUAGGCUUGCAAGAUUGCGCACAUACUCGUACACACACUCUGUCCGGGGGUCAACGUAAACGAUUGGCUAUUGCACUGGAGCUAGUCAACAACCCCCCUGUCAUGUUCUUUGAUGAGCCAACCAGUGGUCUAGACAGUUCAGUCUGUUACCAGGUGGUUUCUCUAAUGAGGUCUCUUGCUCUGGGUGGACGAACUAUCAUCUGCACCAUCCACCAGCCCAGUGCUAAACUCUUUGAGAUGUUUGACAAGCUGUAUAUUUUGAGUCAGGGACAGUGCAUAUAUAAAGGCACAGUCCCAUACCUCAUCCCCUAUCUGAAGAACCUCGGACUCCACUGCCCUACUUACCACAAUCCUGCAGACUUCAUAAUGGAGGUGGCAUCAGGAGAGUAUGGUGAUUUGAAUCCUGUGCUUUUUGAGGCAGUGCAGGGUGGCAUGUGUUCAGAUGGUGUCCAGAAGAACUCCAAUGACAAGAAUGAUCCUACAUCGUCUUGCCCAACUCAGUGUAACAGCGAUUCAGGACACAUUGAAAAACAUACUUUUGCCACCAGCACGCUCACACAGUUCUGCAUUCUUUUCAAAAGAACUUUUAUCACAAUAUAUAGAGACAUGGUGCUGACCCACUUGAGGGCGAUGUCACACUUGUUUAUUGGAGUACUGAUCGGCCUGCUGUACCUAUACAUUGGCAAUGAUGCCAGCAAAGUGUUCAACAACACUGGAUUCCUCUUCUUCUCCAUGCUCUUCCUUAUGUUUGCUGCAUUAAUGCCAACUGUCCUCACAUUUCCUCUGGAGAUGUCAGUGUUUUUAAGGGAGCAUCUGAACUACUGGUACAGUUUAAAGGCCUAUUACCUAGCCAAGACUGUGGCUGAUAUCCCAUUUCAGGUCCUAUUUCCCAUAAUGUACUCUAGUAUAGUGUACUGGAUGACAGCGCAGCCUCCAGAAGGUAGCAGAUUUGUGCUUUUCAUGGCCUUCGGCAUCUCCACUGCCCUGGUGGCUCAGUCUCUGGGCCUACUCAUUGGAGCUGCUUCCACCUCGCUGCAGGUGGCUACAUUCAUAGGGCCAGUGACAGCCAUUCCAGUCUUGCUUUUCUCUGGCUUCUUUGUCAACUUUGACACCAUCCCAAUAUACCUACAGUGGAUCUCCUAUGCUUCUUAUGUCAGGUAUGGCUUUGAGGGUGUGAUCCUAUCCAUUUAUGGUAUGAAUCGAACAGAUUUGGAAUGCCCUGGCCUUGUCUGUAAGUUCCAGAAGCCCGAGGAGGUGUUGCAGCUGUUGGAUGUAGAAGACGCAAAACUCUACAUGGACUUCAUAGUGUUAGGGAUUUUCUUCCUCUCUCUUCGGUUAUUCACUUAUCUAGUGCUGCGUUACAAAGUCAAGUGUGAACGUUAGGGCUUGACAUCAGAUACUUCACUUAUUUUCAUUUAUAGAAUAGUUUAUGUUGUGGAAGCAAACCUGUGAAAUUUCUUCAUUCACUCAAACUAAAUAUAUAUAUAUAUAUAUUUUAGAUUAAUACAAAUUACUCUUUUUUUGUUUUGUUUUUUUGUUAUUUUAACCAUAUUCAAAUCAGAGUAUCCUUUCAUUUUCAUAAGUAAAUUGGAUAUACUAAAGCAAGUAUAACUAAAUGUAUGUCCAAAAAAUAAUAAUAAAAACAUUUAAAAAAAAUUAUUGCAUUAUAUCACCCACCUUGCAAUAUUAUUAUUGCAAUAUAUCGCAAGAUGUGAGUUGUAACCACUGUACUGUAAUACCUGCAUCGACCGAUUGUUACCUAUACAACAGUCAUUUGGUUUUUGGGAGCAGGGCCCCACAGGCUUCUGAUGUUAUCAUGAUGUAAAUGUAAAUGAUUUUAAAUCAGAAAUUCAUAUUUUGAAGGAUUUUAUUUAUAUUGAUAUAUUUAGAUGAAACUUUAUUUACUUACUGAAUGUAUACAAUAUUCCUAAUCUUAUUAAGUUCUCACUUUUAAAUAAAUCUGAUGUGAACUUA